GAAACCUUUUUGCGACACCUGAAACGGUCAUCCGAGUCUUGUCAGAGAGGCUCAGCUGAUCGCUGAGGCGAGCGGCCGCGUCGCGUACACCCAACGACAUCAGUUUUGCCUCCAGGCGGCUGCAAGCUUGCAUAUUUUACAUGACAGGUCGCUUUGAUCCACGUUAUGGGGAUCACCGAGCAUUCGAAAAACAACGUGUAUACUCUCCUGUUCAUGAACGAAAUGAAGUGAAUGAGGAAUAUCGCUCGCGAUCGUAUAGUCUUGCAAGUUCGAAGGAAGGAAGCUGUUUACCAUGGUUAAAAUACGGCGUAUUUGCUGCUAACAUCGUGCUUAUGGUAGUCGGCAGUAUUCUCUUGGCCAUGGGUGUUUGGUUGCGUACUGAUAGCAGGUUCCGGAAUUUUCUAAGUGAAAGGUAUCGGCAGGUAGUUGAAGAAGCGUUUUGGGAAGCUCCAACGUUAUACGCUUUCUCCUAUAUCACGAUCAUCUUAGGAUGCUGCAUGAUCGUCGUUGCUUUCUUUGGCUGCUGUGGUGUCAAUGCUGAAAAUCGUGUUGUACUCAUCAUUUAUUCCAUGGCUGUCUUCCUUCUUUUGAUUGCUACCCUUAGCUGCGGCAUUUAUCUUCUAUAUAAGAGAGAUGGGAUUGAUGUUGAGUUAUCUGAUGCUUUAAAUUAUAUGGUACAACAUUAUUAUCAAGGUGCAGGGAUUAUCCAAGAAUCUCUCGAUCAUCUCCAAACGACUUUUCGCUGUUGUGGGAAUGCUGGCUGUUCUGAUUUUCGCGCUUUUCGUCAAGAUCCACCUAGAUCGUGUGAUAUCAGAUGUGACGGAUGUCAUUAUAGGAUAUGGGUUGCUCUUAGCAUUGGAUUUUCCAUCACUCUGGUCGUUUUUUUCGCAGUCAUUAUCUGUCAAGUGUUAGCUCUUGUAUUCGCAUUGUACCUCGUCUUCACACAGCCAAGUCGCGUCCGUGUGGUUUACGUGCAGGACGCAAAGCCUGAACCAAGACUGACUCGAGAAAUGUUGAAACGUCACGAUUUACCUUAUGGCAUACGAAAAGAUCGGCAAGGAAAUUAUUAUUAAUGCUUUCACUUUUUUAAGUCACUUAUUCUUGUUGUUGUGAUAUGUGCAUCGCAUUUCUCAUAUCAAUCAUGUCUUGUUAGGAACGCAACCGAAAAGAUAAUUGUUUUCACUUCUUUAAAUUUUAGUGUGCUUGAACGCUAUGAUUCUCACCUCAUUUUUCUUUUCUUUGUCUGUAUAUACUCUGAAUCAUGUGUAUUUAUAUAGCAUCGUGCAAUC